AUAGAGAAUAUAGUAACAACUUUAAAAACAACCUCAUCAAACAAGGAAAACAACAAUAAUAACAACAAGAUCCACCUCGAACACCCCUCCCCAAUUCUCUCCUCUCUCUCUCUCUCAUCAAAUCUUAACAUCUUUUUAGAGAGAGAAAGCUUGAAGAAUCUUGAUACAACCUCAAAAUCUAAGACCCACAAAAAUCUUGCAAUCAAGUUUCAAACUUUAUUACUUAAAAAAGAAAAAUGAAAGAACAACAAAAUCAAGAACAUGAGCCCAAUUGGUUUUCAAAGUGGGAAGACCAACUUCCUAAACCUGAAGAGCUUAUACCCAUUUCUCAAACCCUAAUUACACCUGAUCUUGCACUUGCUUUUGAUAUCAUUGGCAGUACUUCUCAGAAUAACCCACAUCAGAUUCAUAAUAUAAGUCAUCAUAAUAUGAAUAAUCUUCAACAGCUUUCUACCCCGUCAUCUCAGCCCAAUUCAGGGGAAUUCGAUUCGUCUGAGCUCGGUGGAGACGAGCCGGCCCGAACCCUGAAAAGGCCAAGACUGGUGUGGACUCCACAACUGCAUAAAAGAUUUGUGGAUGCAGUUGCUCAUUUAGGUAUUAAAAAUGCUGUUCCUAAAACUAUAAUGCAGCUUAUGAGUGUUGAUGGGUUGACCCGUGAAAACGUUGCCAGUCAUUUGCAAAAAUAUAGACUUUAUUUGAAAAGAAUGCAGGGUUUGUCUACUGGUAAUGGUGGUGGAUAUGGGUCGGGUGGGGAUUCUGCUACUGAUCAUUUGUUUGCGAGUUCCCCUGUGCCGGCCCAUUUCUUGCAUCAGGGUAAUGUGAAUUCGGAUAGUUUCUUGCCUUAUAUGCCGGCUGCUGUACUUCAACAGCAGCAACAGCAGCAGCAGCAGCAGCAGAUGGUUGGGGUUGCAGGGCAUCAGCAUCAUCUUCAUAGACAUUUUGGGUCGGCGAUUUUGAGUAGACAAAUGAGUCAGGGUGUUCAUAGGGUUGGGACUCCGGUUCAUGGGUCGUAUGUGGAUGAUUUGGAAUCUGGGAAGGAGAAAAAGGCUUUGACUUUGUUUCCGGUUGGAGAUGAUUGAAUUGUGGGUAAAUUUUCUUGAUCUUUGAUAUCUAUACUGUGUUUAUGAAAUUGAGCAUAAGUUCUUGUAAGUUAGGGUACUUGUAGGUUAGUUAUCAAGUAUUGGGUCUUCGUUAAAAGUGCAAAUCCAUCCUUAGUUGUUUCUGUCGUCUUACUGUGUAAUCGGGUCAAAGUUCUGUUCAAAUGAGCUUCUUGGUAUUGCAUUUCAGUUAUGAAAAUACUAUAUGCCAGUGGUGAUAACUCCAAUCCUUGUUCCCAUACUAAGAUUAUUGAAGUUGAGUUAUUUGGUCGAUUGGACUAGCCUAGAGAAUAUGAAGGUGUAUCCUCCCUACUAGGUUUCAAAAUGAAAUGUUGUCGCUAUAUUUGUAUAUGAUCAUGGAAAAUAUGUGGCUAGAAGAGUUCGAUGAGCUCUUGUUGGGUUAAGAUGACAUUCCUGAUUAGCUUGGAGAUGGUAAAGGAAGAUUAUGCCUGCAAAUGUCUUUUUGAUGGAAUGAGAGUACCGAGGAUGGCACCAUUUGCCACAUAUGACGUUGAAACUACGUAUUUGUCGCCAUUUUACUUCUCUUGUUAUUGAGUUUUAGAUAUGAAAAGAUGACCUUGCUUUUAUUGUAAAUUUCAGGGUUUCUUGUAGACUCUGAAACUGGUCUGCAAUCAUAUAAUUCAUAGAAAAAUAUUGAAUAACCUUGUAUUAGUUAUAACAAUAAUAAUUUGUAUGUGAAUGUGAUGUAACAAAUCUAUUAAAUUUCCUUCAGUGGUA